CUAACCUGGUUCAUAAUCACCUAGAGUUGCUAUAUAAAACUGCCAUCUUUUUCAUUUUCAAGUACCUCAGGGACUUCAUAGCUUCGUACCAGCAGCCAUGGCUUCUGUAGCCAUAUGUGCACUGAUUAUUCUUUGCAUUUUAUUGGCUUUAUAUCAGGGUUCCUUAAACGUAGAUGCUGAGGUUUUUCUUGUGGUGAUGGAGGAUGAAUCUGUUAUUUCUUAUAAGAAGAGUGGUGAUGAUGCUCUGAAGUACAAGGAAAAGGUAAUCACUAGGCAUGACAUUUUCCUGGAGUCCCUCCUCCCAGCAGAUUCCUACUCAAAGCUUUACAGCUACACCCACUUGUUCAAUGGUUUUGCUCUUCAUACAACAUCCAGAGAGGCAUUGGAAGUCCUUCACAGUGCACAGGGAAUUAGAAUUAUUCAUGAGGAUGUCAAGAUGGUGAAGAUGACCACUCAUUCUCCAGAAUAUCUUGGUCUUCCUACCAGAGUGUGGCCAUCGUUAGGUGGCCCUGAUAUGGCUGGUGAUGGAGUGGUGAUUGGUUUGAUAGACACUGGGAUCAAUCCCAAUCAUCCCAGCUUCGCUAACCUGAAGCCUGGGCCACCUUCUGACAUUGGAAAGUUCAGGGGGAAAUGUGAGUCAGCUGCACAUGAGUUCCCGCUCAAUGCUUGCAAUGGAAAGAUAGCUGGUGCACAAUAUUUUGCCCGUGCUGCAAUAGCUUCUGGUGACUUCAAUGCGUCUCAUGAUUUUGCAUCCCCUUUUGAUAGUGAUGGCCAUGGCAGUCACACGGCAGCUAUUGCCGCUGGGGAAUUUCGGAUCCCAGUCAUCUCCAAUAACUUCAGUUAUGGAUUUGCAAGUGGAAUGGCUCCAGGAGCACACAUUGCUAUCUACAAGGCAAUAUAUUCAUUUGGCGGCUACAUGUCAGAUGUUGUUGCUGCUGUUGACAAGGCAGUAGAAGAUGGAGUUGAUAUCUUGAGCUUGUCAAUAGGACCAUCUGCAGUUCCCACGGGCCCUGCUGCGUUUCUCAAUAUUCUAGAAAUGGAGCUGCUUUUCGCUGUUAAAGCUGGAGUUCUUGUUGUCCAGGCGGUUGGCAAUGGAGGACCUACUCCUAGUUCUGUACUCUCUUUCAGCCCAUGGAUCACAAGCGUGGCUGCCUCCACUAUUGACCGCAAGUACAACAACUCGAUCGUUUUUGGUAAUGGCCAAGUUUUUACAGGCACUGCACUCUCCUUGCCUACACAGGAGGGGCUUUUCUUGCCACUUGCUGCAGCAGAGGAUGUGUGCAAUUGGAAUGAAACUUGCAUUUUAGCUCGGAACUGCCAGCGACCAGAACCUUUUAAUCGGUCCCUCAUUCAAGGGAAGCUGAUCGUAUGCACAUUCAGUGACUUUAUAUUCUCACCCACCAGCGUCGAUUCUAUAGUCAGUACUGCUCAGAAAAUUGGUGCUGCUGGGUUUGUGAUCAUUAUGGCCCGUGGACGUAGUUCUGAAUUUCUCAAUGAAACUACAUCGACCUUGAAUCUACCACUCCCUGGAAUUGUGCUUAGCUCCAGAGAAGCAUCAGAGGCAUUUUGGGAUUACUAUGACAGCCAUACAUUGCGAAGCAAGAACGAAGUGGUCGUUAAUUUUGGCGCGUGUGCAAGGAUUCUGGAUGGGCGACAUGCUGUCUACACUGGAAAGGGGCCAAGUGUUGCUUCCUAUUCAUCAAGGGGACCAGAUGUAAACAAUGCUCUCAUGCAGACCGCAGACGUACUAAAACCCAACAUCCUGGCCCCUGGAACUUCUAUAUGGUCUGCAUGGAGUCCUACAAGCCAAAGUGAUCAAUACAACAUAGGGCAGGAUUUUGCCAUCCUAUCAGGAACAAGCAUGGCCACACCCCAUGUAGCUGGUGUGGCAGCUCUGAUCAAACAGAAGCACCCGCACUGGAGUCCCGGCAAUUCACCCUCAGCCCUGAUGACAUCUGCUAUGUUAACUGACCACUCUGGUGAGCUUUUUAUCAUCAAGUCCGUGACGGGCCUCACUCCAGCUACUCCCUUUGACUACGGAGCUGGCUUCAUCAAUCCUUCCCAUGCCUUAAACCCAGGCUUAGUCUUUGAUGCAAAGUUCAGGCAAUACAUUCAGUUCCUCUGCGUGGUACCAGGUGUGGACGAUGAGUCAGUACGAAGUGCAGUUGGCACUGGCUGCCCGACGGUGAGAAGUGACUGGUGCUCAGACUUGAACACAGCUAGCAUAACAGUGUCCAACCUGGUUGGGUCACGGCAGGUAAUUCGCAAGGUGACCAGCGUGGGGAGCAUGGAAGAAAGGUACCAGGUUGUGGUGCGUGAACCAGCCGGGGUGGCUGUGACAGUAAAUCCCCAGGCAUUUACCAUACAGCCGAACUCUUCGAUGAUCCUGAAGAUCAUGCUUGAAGGCAGGGAAAUAGCUAAUGAUUAUACGUUCGGGGAGUUGGUUUUCAAUGGUGAUAAGAAUCAUGUUGUCAAAGUCCCUCUUGCAAUCUUUGUUAGCAGUACUUUGUGAUCACAAAAUAUAGUUUUUAGUUGCAGGUAGUGAAGAGAUGCAUCCAUCAUUCCAGUUAUAUUUUUCUUAAUGUUUUAUUGUUGCUUGCUUCAAUGAACUUUUCUUGAUAAAGAUGUUUCAGUUGCAAGCCAAAUCAGUAUAAACUUGAGUAGAAGGGAACAAUUUAAGUGAUUGAUCGAAA